AUGCAGCUUAUAGCGGCUACUUUGCCUUUUGUAGACAGUGACAGCUGGAAGUGUCUGUUUGCCUUGGAAAAAGGUCAGGAGCAGUAUGAGUAUGUGCCGAAGUCAUUGGUGGCCCGUUAUGCUCGGUUGAGGCCGGAAGGGUUGCACAAGGUAUUAGGUCAUUUGAUGAAGUAUGACCUGGUAGUGUAUGAGAGGAAGCCGGCAUAUGAGGGGUACAGAUUGACGUGGAAUGGGUUUGAUUACAUCGCCUUACGUGCUUUCAUUCACUCUGGUAUAAUAGAGUCUGUGGGUCCACGAAUUGGAGUUGGAAAGGAGGCCGAUGUGCACAUCGUCAGUUUGAAAAACAAGACCUUCUGCCUCAAGAUUCAUCGUUUAGGCCGGACAUCAUUCCGGUCAGCUAAGAGUAAGCGUGGUUAUCUGAAACCUGGAGAGGAUAAAGUUAACUGGCUACAUAUGUCAUGUCUUUCGGCGGAAACAGAAUUCACGUAUAUGAAACAACUUCGAGGACACGGAUUACCAACACCAAAGCCGAUUGACCACAACCGACAUAUGAUUAUAAUGACAUUCGCAGAUGGCCUGAUACUUAAUAAGGUUAAGAAACUUCAUAAGACAGUCAUGGAAGAUCUUCUACAACGACUAUUCCAAUGUUUGGUGGAUAUGCUAUCUCUAGGACUCGUACACGGGGAUUAUAACGAAUUCAAUCUCUUAGUCUCUGUCACGAGAGACCGUGGAUCAAGACAGGGAACACGUAUGGACCACAACGAAGCAGAAACAGAAAGUAUAGGAAUACAAGACACUCUCGAUCUGACUAAGGUCAAGGCUAAGGUCGAUCUUACCAUGAUCGAUUUCCCUCAAGUUGUCACAGUCGCCCAUCCUCACGCCAGGGAACUGUUCGAAAGAGAUGUCGAAUCCAUCAGGUCGUUUUUCUGGAAGCGAUUCCGGUACGAAAUUAAUUCGGAAGAUCUUCCUUCAUUUGAUGACAUAGUUACAAAUGAUAUGAUUCAACACCUUGCUCUAAGAACCACCUCUCGAGUUAUGUAUGAUCAACUCAUGACCCAACGGCGAGGUGAUUUGGAUAGCGAUAUUACCAGCAUUGAUACCGCCAAUAGUCAAGUGCAAUCUAGCAUUAAUAGUCAAGUGCAAUCGGAUUCAUAUGACCAGGAAACAGAUGAGGAGGCAGACGUGGAAGGGAUAUGUGGAGCAUCCGGGUAA